CUUUUUGGGUGUCCAUGAGAAUUCUACCGUGGCUUUUCUUUAUUCUGAAAUGGGAAUGACACCACUUCCUUACCGUCGUCUCCUCUUGGCUUUAUCCUAUUUGCAGUAUCUUCUGUUUUUGCCGGAACGGCACUACGCGAAUCUGGCACUGCAAGCAUCGUUGUCCCUGGCCAAGAAUGGACGUCCUUCAUGGUUUUCAGACCUGCUACACGUCCUCCGCCGUCUUGCACCAUCUCUGUCCUUGUCUCCAUCAGCGGAUAUCACCAUUGAUGGCAUUAUCCAUCUCAUCGACAACGUCGAAAAGAUCGCCGAGCAGUCGCUCACAGAGGUUAUCAACCGUUCUCCCAAGGGCCGCAUGCUCCGCGGAUUCUAUAACGACAUAUCCGUUCCUCGUGCGCUCGCCAAGUUUAUGUCUAAAUCGCCUAAGAUUGCGAGAUACAAGUCUUAUUUGAAUCUCCCCAUCCCUUCCCAUCGAAAAUCGUUGACUCGUCUGUUGAUGUCAGCGCAUACAUUGGCUGUGGAGGUUCUCCGUUGGAAAGAACGAUAUCGCCCAUUCGUACUUCGUCAUUGGCGCCUUUGCCGUUUCUGUAAGGUCGCUGUGGAGGACGAGCCGCAUGCAAUGCUUGGAUGCUGCGCUAAUAACACCCUGGUUCAUCGAAGGCAUCGUUUCAGAGCUGAUAUCGCCGCCAUUAUCCCGGACAUGGGCCUUCUUUGGUCAUCUCCAUGCACCCUGCAGGAACAACUUUGGUUUUUGCUCAGAGUGUCCAGCAUCGAGGGUGUGGUGGCAAAGUUCAUACAUGAUAUCUUUACUAUUUAUAGCAGUGAACCUGUGUAUGUAGCUCCCCUCGCACUAUGGGCGGACAGUCCUGUAAUGCAGGACUAAUGUAAUCACAUCUGUUUAGUGCCCCCUCGAAGUCAUCCAACUCCGUGAGAUGCGUUGGCCUAAGAAACCAACGAUGUUCACAGCGGCAUGGGUUCUUCGCGGU